AUGGAAAAGCUGCAUGGAGAUGCGCAGAAGAUCCUUAGGGUGACCUAUCUGUCGGUGCAAAAGUUCAAAGGGGCUCUAGCAAGCGCAGGGCCCGAGGCCGUGAAGGAAAAAAUAGGCCUUCUUGUCGAGUAUCUGGGGAAAAAGGAGAAAGAGUGUGUAGAAGUAGAGAAGCAGAUGAAGAUCUGCGAAGAAAAGCAGAAAGAGCUAGAAAAAAGAGAGGUUGAUGUGGAGCUUGUUAAGUUUUUGGCCGAAAGAGGAUUUAAAAGAACAGCACAUACUGUUCAAGACUAUUAUAGCUUGCCUGUGCUCUUGGAUGCCCAGGCGAGUGCGCCCGGGGGCGUCUUAGGCAUAGACUCUCAAACCCUGGAUGAGGCUGGAGGGCUAGAAAAGCGCCAGCGCAUGUCUAUACAUAGGGAAAUAAUUCAGCUGUGCAAAACAGCCAGCACAAAGAUGUCUGCAUGCGAUCUUGUGAAAAAGAAUGCAGGGCUUUUUCCCAGCAGGCUGCUUCCCCUUCUGGUGCUCCCAUGCGACACGAAACUAUUCAAGUCCUGCUUAAAAGAGUGCCAGGAUGGCGUGCUGGAAGACCUUGCAGCUGGCAGCCCGGAAAAGAGCAGCUGCUUCUACAGAAGGGUUGCGCUGGGAGUGUCUGGGUUUAUUACGCCUGCCUGCAAGGAGAGCCUGGACUCUAUGUGCCCAGGCUGCUGCCAAAACACGUCCAAAAUAGCAGGCGGCUUUCCUCGAAGCACCCGCAGCAGAAGCCAGCCGCUGUGCAGUCAGUUGCGAACAGUUAUAUCCCCAAGCCAAGCAACAUAUGUUACAAGAAACGGGGAAAUAUACAGCGAGGGCGGGCUAGAAGACACGUCCCUGUGCAAAGUUGUAAAAAGAUGCUAUUUUGUGUAG